CUCAAUUAAAGAUAGUUCUACAGGAAGGCGAACAAUAGCAUUUGAAUUGUUCUUAGUCUGGUCAUCGAGAUGACGACUACAUACAUUCUCGGUGGCGUCGCGGUAGCCGGCCUGGCAUUCUGGUACGACUUCAAGAGCUGGCAGAAUUUCGGAACUGGAGGCACCCCACCUACACUUCAAGGCUACCUCAAAAUUCGACGAUGGGGACUCUACCUGCUCUACAAGCGCGAAAACUUGCUAGAUCCAACACCAAUCCCAGACACAGGAGCAUCAUACAUCAAACCUCAAAAGGUGCCUGACCGUGUCGGAGCACGACCAGGACUGACGCGCUGGACACUUCCACAGCGACAAUUCCCUGAGAAAAUCACAUCUGCGGCAUUAGCAACACUGCACAAUUUAAUGCAAGAAUUCGCUAGCACAGCGCCUUACUCCACGUACAUCGAGACGCGUCCCAGCAAGACUGAAGGCGGUACCGGUCCAGCUAUUUACGUGAAACCAGACGUGAAGACUAUCAAUCCGGUCGCACACAAGAUCUUCUACGAGAUAGCACAUGUGCAUCCUGCAGAGAACUCCUUGCAUGUGUAUGUCAGUCCGCAGGACGCGAAGCUUGUGCUCAAGAGAGGCUGGGGUCAGCGCUUUCCGGUGACUUGGUUGGCGCCGCCGAGUUGGAUUAUGGUGUAUGCGCCGAGGAACGAGGAGGAGGUGGAGACUGUGAGGGAGAUUGUACGGGCUGCGGUGUGCUUUGCAGUUAGUCAGAAUGUUGAGGCAGGCUCUGAUUGAUAUGUGAAUUAUUGACUGGGCGGGUCAGUUGUACGAGUGAUAUAAAAGUACGUCGCUUGUCGGUUUUCUUCGGGGAAUGUUUGAAAUGUUUCAAGCUCCACGGGAGUAUCUCGCAUUGAAACGGCGUCUCUAAGGACACUUUAACAAACUAUCUCUACCCUUGAAUUGAAAAUUGUCAAAUCGCUAUGUACGCAUAAUCAAGCUAGCAUUUUUUCAUCAGUAGAAAAAUC